AUGCUGAGAGUCAAGAGCUCGCGCCGUCCCGCGGUACUCAAACCUACCGAUUACGACCAUGAGAUUGCCCUGGUCGAUCACGAUGCCGCUGCGACUCCAACAGGGUCAGUUACACCGGAGCCCAAUGAUAUAACGAGAUACUCAACAACCUCAAGAUUGCUGGGCGUAGAAGAAGAAGGGGAAGAGAGCCAAACGCAAAACCACAAUGGGCAAAACGGAGAGCAUCAGGACAACUCAAAUAAGAAGCCCGACGAUGCUCCAGCCAACGGGCAUGACGACUCACACACCGAGGACGGCAACGAGAUCCAUCCAUCAUCAAACCAGGCCAAGGGAGAACAAGGUUUACCGCCACAAGCGAGACCAUCAAUUGAGAUUCAAGAGCCUACACCUGAUGCUUUCCACGGAGACCAUCCUCAGGUGAAACCGAGAAAACCUCGUGUCAAGCGCGAGACUGCUAUCGAUAUCCUGUACGAGAACGAACGAGGAGGCUUUCUUUGCGGCGUUCCUUUGUUCUCUUCACAAGCUUUGGGUGGCCUUGAUCCUCCUGCCUGGACCAAUGGUUAUCACAAAGCAUCACCAAGCAAUAUACACAAUGCGCAAGUGCCAGACCCUACCUGGGAAUGGGCGUGGCCAGAGUGGCGCAUCAACCACCAGAAUGGUGUUGAUGAACACGGCUGGGAAUACUCAUUUUACUUCUCAAAAAAAUUCUCGUGGCAUAGCGGAAAGUGGUGGAACUCAUUCGUUAGGAGACGUGCCUGGACCCGAAAGAGGAUACGAAAGAGAGACGAGGACGUUUCGGCUGAUCCACACAUGCUCAACACUGGCUACUUUACGAUUCAGUCUGCGUCACACAAAUCGCGGUUAUCACAUGCGAGUGUGACUAGCAGCCGACUCAGCCAGUCUAGUAUGAGCCAAAUGACCACCGGCGACGGAGAUGAGAAACCUCCCGAGAUCGAUAAUGUGGAAGACCUUAUACACGCCCUCCGACAAGCAAGGAUAGACCGCGAGAAGCUUGAUGCUGUUGACAGCUAUAUGGAACAUGCCGAGGACCUCCAGAAUCUCCAGCACGAAAUGCAUGAGAUAAUGUCUCUCUUCGUCUUCCAGCAAUCACGCCGGAUAUUGCUCAGCAGAUUGAUGGAGAUCCAUGACGAAACCACGGCGCAAGUAAAGAAGACCAACACUACUGAACUUCGAGAACGGAACCAAGCGCUGAAAGAUGCCAUACACCACGCCGAUGAAGAAGUCAGGAAGUUAGCCUACUGGAGCGAUGUCAAACAAAUGACUGAGAACGGCGAGGCAAAAGAGGCUGUCAAGGGGGACAAGGGAUGGGAUGAAAGUUGGGAGGGCGUGGACCAGAGUGGCGGCGCCCACCCAUUGCGAGACAAGGCUACGGUCGCCGGUAAGAAACCGGCAGAUACGUAA